AUGGGUGCCGCAACGACGACGACGACGACGACGACAGCUGCAAGAACAUCCACUAGGCGGGCUGCGAAACUCCAACGCCGGCUCUCGUCCGAGGACGCCGACCGUAAGACAGCCAGGUCACAGUCGAAGGCCAUUUCGUCGAUCCCCAGCUACCCUUCUGCGUUGGACCAGGAAGCCCUCGCCCACUCUCUUCGCCGCAUCGCGAGCCAUCCCACCCUCACACCAUACCGCCGACUUGUAUACCGCACCCUCCUAUCCGUCCCUCCGGGCCGUUGGACCACAUAUGCCACUCUAUCGGCACAUCUGUCCUCGUCGGCCCGUGCUAUCGGCAACGCGAUGAAGACGAACCCGUUUGCCCCCGAAGUGCCCUGCCAUCGGGUGCUUGCGACGGACCGCACAAUCGGCGGCUAUAAAGGGAAAUGGGGGAACGGGGGUGAGUACUCGGUUGAGAAGACGAAGCUACUGAAGGCCGAAGGGGUGGAGUUUGACCACAAAGGCAAAGCGAAUGGGGAGGUCUUUCGAGAGUUCGCGGACAUGGGGUCUGUGGUGGCGGGUCAGGGUAACUAG